AUGGCGGACGCUGUCUCAAUAGAGCAGAACAACAAGAUCCGUGUGGCUCUCGGCCUCAAGCCACUCCCUGUGCCCGGCGCCGGUCCCCAAUUCCAAGAAUCAGACAGUGAGUCCGGCGAUGAAGAAGAGGAAGAAGAAGCCAGCACCGUCGAUACACGACAAGCCGCCGGAUACGAUAAUUGGAAGAAACUUCAAGAUGAAGCCCAGGCGAAGCGACAGAGGGAAGAAAGAAAUUCUGCCAUCAAGAAAGCGCGCGAGCUUGCCCAGCGAAACAUACAACUCCAAGGCUCAACACUAGGAGAAGACAGUGGCGCCGCGCUUGACACAAAGGCAUGGCUCGCACAGUCCAAAAAGCGCACCAAGAAGAUUGAGCAAGAGCGCGCCCGCAAAACCGCAGAGGAACUGGAAGAGCGCGAGCGCCUGUUAGCGACCGAGUACACCGCAGCAGAUCUAGCCGGUAUCAAGGUCGGACACUCUGCGGGCGAUUUUGAUGGCGAUGAAGAUCACAUCCUCACACUCAAGGACGCUGCGGUCGAUGACGACGAUGAGGUGGAUGAGCUUGAAAAUACGGCCCUGACCGAGAGGGAGAAGCUGCAGGAAAAGCUGGAGCUGAAGAAGAAAAAGCCCGUAUACGAUCCCAACGCUGAAGGUCAGGGACUUCUUUCACAAUACGACGAUGAGAUCGAUGGCAAGAAACGGAAGCGAUUUACACUGGAUGCCAAGGGUUCAACCGAGGAGCGUGAGGCACAGCGGAAGGAAGUCUCCAACCAGCUGAAGAAGAACGUGAUCAACCUCGAGUUCGAGCCAGAAGUACCCACCUCUGAUUACAUGGAUAUCAGCGAGGUCAAAAUUAAGAAGCCCAAGAAGAAGAAGGCCAAAACUACGAAACAGAGAGCUGUAAUGGACGACGAUGAUCUCGCUCCGCCUGCUGAAACUGCCGCUACACAAGGAAACUCCGCCAUGGACAUAGACUCUAGUGCAGGCGUACCAGUCCCUGCUCGCCGCAAGCCCACCACUGAAAAUGUCUCUUUCGCAGACGACGAUGAUCUCCAGGCCUCACUUGCGCUGCAACGGCGCGCUGCAUUCAAGAAGCGCAAGAAGAUCAGCCCCGAGGAACUUGCCCGUCAACUCCGCGAAGAGGAGGCUGAAGAAGCCAAGAACGAGGAAGAUGAACCCGGACUUAUCAUUGACGAAACGACCGAGUUUGUCGCUAAUUUAUCAAAGUCUGCCGUUCUCGAAUCCGAGGAGAAGCUCAAAGCUGCUUCAAAGCCAACUCCCGCAGAAGAACCCACCAGCCCAGAGCCCGCACCCGAGGCCGAGGGCGAAGGAAUGGAGAUCGAUAUGGACCGCUACGGUGACGUUGAAAACGAAGAGGCAAAGCGUGGCGAAGCGGCUCCAACCCGUCCCGAAAUUAGCGGCACCGGUCUGGAAGAAGAGUCUACAUUGGACGAGGGUCUCGGAGCCACUCUUAAGAUGCUACGCUCGCGCGGUCUGGUGAAAGACAAUGACGGUGGUGCCAAGAACGCACUCCACCGUGAUCGCGAACGCUUCAUCGCCGACAAAGCCAACCGCGAGACCGAAAUCGAGCGCCGCGCGCGCCAGCAGCGUGAGCGCGACCGUACCUCCGGUAAACUUGAGCGUAUGUCCGCUCGCGAGCGGGAAGAGCACGCGCGCUGGGAGAAUAAGCAGCGCGAUCAGCAAGAAGCGCGCCACAUGGCCGAAGUCUUCAAUCGCGAGUACAAGCCGGAUGUUCAACUCCGCUACGUCGAUGAGUUUGGUCGCAACAUGAACCAGAAGGAGGCCUUCAAGCAGCUCAGUCAUCAAUUCCACGGCAAGGGCAGUGGUAAGAUGAAGACCGAGAAGCGUUUGAAGAAGAUUGAGGAAGAGAAGAAACGCGAGGGCAUGAGUGCGUUGGAUACUAGUCAGCAAGGUGGCAGGAAUACUGCUGUUGGUGACGCUGCGAAAAAGAAUCGUCAAGCUGGUGUUCGCUUGGGUUGA